UUAGCUAUAGGACACCGAAGACAAUAUUUUAUAAUAUCCAGGUCAAAAGAGGUGAGAAAUUUUUUGAAAUGGCAAGAUUGCCCCUGGCUCCAUCUUCCUCCACCUGAAAUCACACCAAAAAAAAUUAGCAGGGAGCAGCCGCCGGCGAGUUUGUCCUAUGGAGCGGGUAGCGGCAACUGCGCGCCAGGAGCGGCCGACGGCGCAGAGGCGGACGCGGUCGGGGAGGGAGCGCGGGGGCGGCGGCGUGGAGCGCUAGCAGGAGGCGGCUGCGCGCGUGGCCGGCGACGGCCAUUCGACGCGUACGUGUUCGACAUCAACACCGAAAACCAUUCGACGCGUACGUGUUCGAUUAACGCCCAGGCUCAGCCGGAGGAGGAGCAGAAGUGCGUCCACUGCGGCGGUGGCGUCGCCGGAGCGCAGGUGGAGGCGGCACUGAACCGCAAGAACGUGGAGGCGCUCCCGGAGGAUGAGACGGUGGAGGGCGGCCCAGAUGACGUGUGGGUGCCCGACCACGAGACUUGCGUCUUCGUCCCCGCCGACAAGGCCGCCGUCUUCGGCACUGAAAACCAUGACCACUGCGGAGCGGCGGCGGUGGCCGGCGGCUCGCCGUCGGUGCUUGACCAGGCUGUGUUCGUCCAUGAGGAGGACAUGGAGGACGUCGAGAGGCCGGCCGUCGACAUGGCCGCUGCCAAUCACAAGCCCAAAUGAGCAUCAACUUCUUGCAGCAAUAACCAAUAAAGCCAAAUAAUGCCUUCUGAAAUCUCAUGU